UUAGGCAGAAAAAUGUUUUUAAAAACUAAAUUAUUACUAGUAGUUUUACUAAGUUUAAACGAAAUAAUUUUUGGUAAAAAAAUCGACUAUUGUGACCAGCAGAUGUGUCCACAUCAAGGCAUUCAUGUGGCCUGCAAUAAAACAAAAAGUUUUAGUAAAGAUUGCGAGGGCGAACUGAAAGUGGAAAAUAUGAAACCUUACAUUAAUAUGAUUUUGGAUGAACACAAUAGUUAUAGAAAUCUAGUGGCCUCGGGUAAGGUUAAAUGUUUUUAUCCAGCUGUAAGAAUGCCUUUAUUGAAAUGGGACUCCGAUUUAGCGGAAACUGCUGAAUACAAUGUACGCUCUUGUGUGUUUGCUCACGAUCAGUGCCGCAGCACUAAAAAAUUUCCAAUGGCUGGACAAAAUAUUUAUAUGGCCAAAACUAGUCGCAUCAAUGUUACAGUAGAGGGUUUUAUCAAAGAAGCCAUAUUUUUAUGGUUUGAGGAACAAUUUGAUGCGGAUCAUGAAGUUCUAAUGUCCUAUCAUAAAACUACACCCCAAACGGGCCAUUUUACACUGCUGGUAAAUGAUCGUCAUAAUCGGGUGGGUUGUGCUUUUCUAAAUAAUCUCUUGAAACCAGACAAACGCUUUGUCAUCUUUACCUGCAAUUACUCAUCGACAAAUAUACGAGGGGUGCCGAGUUAUAAACCAGGGAGAGCGGCCUCUAAGUGUAAAAAACGCAAUGCCAAAUAUAAAUCAUUAUGUGAAGAUGAAAUAGAUCCCAAUGAUUUAACUUGGUAUAAUGAUUAGAUUCAGCCAAUAAAAAAUACUAAACAUUUUAUUAACAUAAAAAACGUAAGAGUAAAUUCAAAGAGUUUUCAAAACAUAA